GCGUUCUCUGCAUGCACAGUAGAGCCCAGAGCAAGCUCGCCUUGCCCCGUCAGCAUCGAGACGCUCGUGUUAUGUGACUCAACCUACCGCAGCACUAGCGCCGCAAGCGCGGCGUCCCCCCGCAUAAAUGGCAAGCCCCUCGAACCAUCGCUCGACACCUACCGCUUUCUUCCUAGCACCCACCUGAAGCAGUCUGCUUCUUUCACCACUACUACUUCUUUGUGAUCCUCACCAAUCCAAAUCUUAUCGACGAUGAGCCAACAACCCAGCGGUUCUACCAGAGGAGGUCGAGGUCGGGGCCGAGCCUGGCAAGGGCAAGCUCCUGGAAGGGGCGUCCGCGGCUCCACGCCGUCGACGCGGGGCAGUCCCGCCCCUUCUGGCGGCGGAACGGACUCCGGGAGAUUCAGCGGCACGACUGGCGGCGGACGUCCUCCUAGCGGAGGCGGGUCCGUCCCCAGCCACGGAGGCCAGUCUGGCACAAGCGGCGGAGGCAGUAGCAGAGGAAGAGGAGGCUUCCGUGGCGGCUCCCCCGCAGGGGGCCCUGCGGCAGUCUUCGCGGAGGGCAGACCCCUCACUCAGGAUCCGCGUCUCGCAGAUUCGGAGCUCAACGGGCUCGUGCAGUCGUUCAAGAGCGUUAAGCUCCAGCCGGACAUGCCCCUCCGCCCCGGCUGGGGCACGCUCGGUGAGCCUGGCGUCGUGCGCACGAACUUCUUCGCUGUGAGGUUGAAGAAGGACGCGGUGUACUACGAGUACGAGAUCGCCAUCUCCCCGAAGGCGCAGGCGAAGGGCAACAUGAGGUUCCGCAUAAUGCAGCUUGUCGAGCAGGCAGAUGCGUUCCGGCCUUAUAUCGCCCAUGUCGCCCACGACCGCAGUCAGCGUCUCGUGUCUGUGAGUAAGCUACCGCAGCCCCUGGAGAUCCCCAUUCGGUAUCUUGAGGAAGAUAAGGCUGACGAUCCCAAAGCACCCACGUUUACGGUGGAGAUUAAGUUCCUGUCAGAGUUGAGAAUGUCCAAACUUGACAAACAUAUCAGCGGGAAGCCUGAGCAUCGGAAUGCGGACACGCAGCCGCUGGUCUCGGCGCUGAACUUGAUUCUACAGCAGUACGCGCAGAGGCACGGUGUCCGUGUGGGGAGGAACAAGUAUUUCUUCCCUGCUUCCUCCGAGCACCAUCCCCUGUCCCUGGGCGUUGAAGCCUUCCGUGGCUUCUUCAUGUCUGUGAGGCCCAUGUAUAAGCAGUUGAUGGUCAACAUCAACCUCUGCAUGACGGCGUUCUACGUUCCCGGCAACCUCGCGUGGGUAAUGAUCGACUUUCAGAGGCAGACGCAUGGCGGUAUGCCUGAUGAGUUUGCGGAGAAGUUGAAGGUGUCCACUAGGCAUCUUGGCUACACCCGCCUAUACACGAUCCGCCGCAUUGUGACGGAGAAAUCGGCACGUCAGGCGAAAUUCUACUGUGAGGAGUUCCGCGGGGAGAUCACUGUGGAGAAAUUCUUCAAGCGCAAGCACAACAUCGACUUGCGCCACCACUCGGACCUCCCCGUAAUUGACGUCAGCAACCCGCGCUCCGACAAGCCCACGUAUCUCCCGGUCGAGAUCUGCGAGAUCAUCCCAGGCCAAGCCUACCACGGCAAGCUGGACCCGAAGCAGACCGCCGCCAUGAUUAAGGUCGCGUGUAACCCGCCCGCUUUCAACGGCGAUGUAAUUGUCAACCAGGGCUUCACCGAUCUCGGUCUGCGACCCAACGCCCCGGGAGCAACGCUCGCGGCGUUUGGCAUCAGCGUUGACCAUGAAAUGCAAGUCGUACCCUACCGUCGUCUACCUCCGCCAAGUAUCUCCUACCGCUCAGGGAAAGGUCCCCAGGUCAGGGACGCCGGGUGGAACAUCCUCGACGUCAAGCUCCACGUCGGCGGGGACAUGACGAACUGGGCCGUCCUCCUCGUUCAGGAGGGUCGCGACGACGAGUUCGGGGGGUCCGCCGACCCCGCGCUCACCGCCUUCCUCGACGCGUUCCGCGCCAAGUGCCGCAACAUCGGUAUCUCCGGCGCCGACAAGCGUCCCAAGAUCAUGUCGGUUAGCCUCCCUCUUCCUUCGCGCGAUACUCGUAACCGCUCGCAGGCUAUCCGCGCGAUCCGCGAUGUUCUGGAGCAGAACUUGGACCUCCGCCAGCGCAGCACGAAACCGAGCUUCGUCCUCGUCCUCCUCUCGGGCGUGGACAAGUACAUCUACCCCGGAAUCAAGCAGCUGGCGGACGUCGAGCUGGGCAUCCACACGGUGCACAUGCUGCUCAACAAAGCCCGCGACCAGCGCCCGAACAAGCAGGACCAGUACUUCUCGAACGUCGUGCUGAAAGUGAACACGAAGCUCGGCGGAGUCAAUCACCAACUCGACGAGAACUCGAUGCGGUGGCUGAAGGCUCCCGGUGGUAGGGCCACUAAGACGAUGGUUAUGGGCAUCGACGUGACGCACCCCAGUCCGCUGAGCCUGCCGGGGACUCCGAGCAUUGUCGCGGUCGUCGCAAGUAUUGACGACCGCUUUGCGCAGUUUCCGGCGAGCUUGGCGUUGCAGAAGCCGGACUGGAAUAAGGACAGCAAGGAGAUGGUCGAAAGCCUGACACAGUUGACCAUAGAGCGCCUCCAACUCUACAAGAAGAGGAACGCUGGGAAAUCGCCUGAAAGGAUUCUCGUUUUCCGUGAUGGCGUGUCUGAGGGCCAGUACGAGCAGGUCCUCAGACACGAACUCCCCAGGCUGCAAGCGGCGUUCACGCAGAUAUCUCCUACCGUGCCUUACAAGCCGAAAUUGAGCAUCAUUGUCUGCGGUAAACGUCACCACGCCCGGUUCUGGCCCCCUGACUCCGCACACGCGACGAAGAAUGGCAACACGCGCCCUGGGACCGUCGUCGACAAGGGGAUCACCGACAUCUACGACUUCGACUUUUAUCUCCAGGCCCACAACGGCUUGCAGGGCCAUGUGAAGGCCACGCAUUACGUCGUUGUCUACGACGAGAACAAGCUUGACGCGGACACGAUCCAGCAGGGCACGCACACCGUGAGCUACCUCUAUGCGCGCGCGACGAAGGCCGUCAGCCUCGUCCCCGCGGCGUACUACGCCGACAUCGCGUGCGAGCGGGGACGCGAGUACCUCAACGUCCUCAUGAACGUCAACGAGCCUAGGUCGUCUGCCUCAGGACCGCGGUCGGCGGUGGACAGGCAGGCGCAGAAGGAGGCGAUGUUCGAGCAUGCGAAGCAGAUGUGGGGAGCCGGAGUGCAUGCGGACCUAAAGGACACCAUGUUCUGUUCUGCGACGGUUGCCCCACGGACGCCGAGACAACGCCGUACCACGGACAAUGCCUGUUUGGCACUGCUGGACCUGGAAUAAUGCAUCUAUAUCACUUACGUCAGAGCCGCGGACGACCAUACCAGGUUACAUCCUGCAAAUGACGGUGUAAAGAGUUUAAAGAUAGUCAGUAACAGCAGCCUGCAGGCGCAUCUCAUGUUUCCUAGAGGAUACCGAGAUGCGCACGUAAACAAUUUCUCAUAUUGGAGACCUACCUAGGCCGCUAAGUUGCAGCAUAACGUUCCCAGAUUCGAGCUUGGAUGAAAGUCUUCAGAAUUAUAAGUCGGGUGUGCAUGAUUACAGUAACAUACAAGGCCGUCUAUGAUAUUGUUUGACCAG